AUGGCGGGACGAGCCAUCCAUUCCAAACGAGCCCUCUCUACGACACCUUCCGCCUCCGACCAGGACUCUGAGCCAUCACCACCGACGUCUUUCUCAUCAGAUAAGGAAAACCGAAGCGCGCGCGCGCUCCAGGUGAAGAAGCGGAGAUCCGGUGGCCUGACAGCCCCUCCAAUGUCCAGCGCAUCGAACAAGAAGCGGCGCGUGUCUGAACAAGUGCCUGAACAGUCACAGUCGACCCAUCAGCGCAGGCUCCGGCAGGUUGUAGACACAGACUUUUAUGAUCCAGAUCAGGAUCCAGAGGAAAGGAGGGCGGUCCGAAAGGGGCUGAGAGACCUUGCUUCAAAUCUAAACGAUUCUCGAAGUGAAUUUAUUCAGCUAGAAUCAAAUGGUAUUUUACAGACAGUUGAAAAAGCAAACGACCUAUUCAAGAAGGUCAAGCAAACCUCCGAUGCCACUAUCGAUUCUCGCCUCCUUGUCACAGCCGCGGAUCUCUCCUAUAAACGAACAGCACAGGCAUGUCUAGGAAACAAUGUAGCGGGCAUUGACGUUGACGAGUUUGUUUCAAAAUGCAUAUCCUAUAUGCGAAGAGAAACAUCGUCUGCCCUCCCUACUCCCACGCAGAGCAACCGUCGUAGCUCGGGCCACCCUUCACAGCGUGCAGCUGACAGUGACGAUGAAGAAGAACCCUUCAACUGGGACUAUCUUGGACGCAAUGCCUGUUUUCCGAAUAACCUCAAACCUUCCAUUUCGGGCUUUCUCCUUGGCCCGCUGUCCGUACAGAAACGGAUUCGUCAGUUGACACAACGAAGAGCGCGAGAACGAAUAGAUCCAUCCCAACUUGUACGGCCGAAUGAUCUUAAGGCUACAGAUUUGGGGAAGCAGGAAGAAGCAACUUUAACAACAAUGUGCACAGACAUACGAGCGAAGUUGGUUGAGAUACAGCUCCAAAGAGAAUCCUUAGCUCGUGAAGAGCUGUCAAAGAUGGGAGAUGUUACUGAGGCCGAGGCCAUUGCAGUUAUGGGCAAACACGGAAUAUCUGAUAAUGGUGGAAUCCCCCUCUUCCAGUUCUGUAUCAACCCAAGGUCAUUUGGCCAGUCCGUGGAGAACAUGUUUUAUGUCAGUUUCCUAGUCCGUGACGGAAGUAUAGGAGUUUCGAUGGACGGUAACAACCUACCUACACUACUUCCAUCACAACCACUGCUUCCGUCUGAGGCACGAGAACAAGGCAUUCAAAAGCAUCAAGCCGUUUUUGGCCUAGAUUUCGACACCUGGGCUCAACUGAUAGAGACAUUCGAUAUAAAAGCGCCGUUAAUCCCACACCGGAACGAUGAGGCUCAUCAGGCUCCGUCUACUGGCAGAUGGCAUCCAUAA